AUGAGAGAUCGAGAAGGAGAGCCAGAGAAAGAGAGUGGACCGAAGAGAAAGAAGGUUAAAAGGAUUUCAGAACAACCGAGUCUUGGGAGGACCAUGGAAGAACUGGGAGAAGAAAAAAAGUGGAAGAAGGAGAGCUUUUUCAAGAAGUACUUCUGUGAAGGUCAGCACCUGGACGAAAGCUGGAAUUCACGAGAAGUCGCGGAUGAUGCGGAUCUCAUCGACGUCGUGCUCGUCAAGUACAGAAAAUACGUGGCCGUGCUCAUUCCUCUCGUUCUGAUGCAGACACUUUGGUGGUUAACGGCUAUUCGCUAUUCCUGGCUGUCGUUGUAUGCAACACAUUGGCAUCUUCCGGCGACCAUGAUAGUCGGAUCAACCAUCGCAGGGAUGACAUCGGAAGGAGGAGGAGCGGUCGCGUUCCCGGUGAUGACGCUCGGCUUGGGAAUCGCUCCGACGGUGGCGCGAGAUUUCUCGUUGAUCGUCCAGUCUAUAGGAAUGAGUUGUGCAGUGUUUGUGGUCGUCUUCAUGAACGUACAAAUUGAGAAACGAGCCGUUAUCUUCGGUAUGCUGGGUUCGGUGCCCGGAUUCGUCUUCGGAUCAUUCCUAAUCGAUCCUUUGUUGACAGCGCCACAGAAGAAGAUGCUGUUCGUGUCGAUCUGGUCGUCGUUCGCCAUCGCGCUCUACAUGCUCAAUGACGAGAAACGCAGGAAGACUUACCUGGUGAUUCCGGUGUUCAAACUAUGGAAAGCACUUGUACUCGUGUGCACUGGAAUUGUUGGAGGAAUCUUCACUGCAUUUACCGGAUCCGGAGUGGAUAUCUGCAUUUUCUCCAUCAUCACUUUGCUGUUUCGAGUCAGCGAGAAGACUGCCACUCCGACCACCAUCGUACUAAUGGUCACCGUACCUGUUGCUGUUACUCUGGCUCCGAUUGGCAGUUUUGUAGGGUCUCACUUUCACCGAAAAGUCAGCGAAUGUUUUAAUAGUAUUAUACACCCAGUGAAUAUUUUAACGGUUUUAGCGAGUUUCAUCUACGUGUUGGAGGGUCUAGCCGUCGCCGGUUUUUUGGCCGCAAAACCUCCUCUUACCCUUGGUGAGCCAAUUUCCUUGUAUGAGAGCGUAGCAGAGACAUUUUCGAACGAGAAGAAAACCGAUGAGAGUGAGGACAUGCUGGCGGCGUAA